UCAUCAUGCCGUGAAGUGAGGCGAUUAAGACGAGACGCGACGAAUGGCGCCUGGCAGCAUGGGCCGCGUUCUCUUCUCUGAUCCUCCCGAUGCUCGAGCUGCGUUUUGCCGCGCUAACGAGGAGACAGACAAGCCGUUCAAGUUACAGUCACAAGUACGUGACACGCAUGAUGGAGAAGGCCGUAGCAAAUUCUUCAUUGCAAAGCAAGAUUGGAGACAAUAACCAUCAGACAGAUAAAAGAGAUUUAAAUCCGACAUCUCACUGUAAUGAAGCUCCUGCUAUGCAACAGCAGGCACAGUUUACAUGUUCUCUAUACAUUUCGCGUGCUGGCAGCUUUCAAGAACAAAAUCACAGGAUUCAAGAUUGCGAACUACUACGAACUCAUCUCGAAGAAGCUAUAGCGGCUUCCGAACCACUAUCGAUGUGGCGUGUCUCUGAGACUCCAUGUGGUCUUAUAGCUGCUUUCGUACGAGAAAACGAUGCCGAGAAACUCUUGCAACGCGGCGACUUAGCUCGAGUGUUUGGAGGACCAGUACAAGUAGCACGAUUUUCGGCAAGAGAUUCCCGAUAUCGCCAAGCCGUGCUUCUGAGAGACGUGCCAUGGGCUAUACCGCUGCAGGAUAUAAAUUCGGCUCUGGCAAAGCAAGGAAUUGUCGCAGGAAAUGUUGAACGUUCUCGACAAUUUGUUCGAGUAGAAGUUUUUGAUGCGGGUCAUUACGAAGCUUUGUUACGUCAAGGUCUGGACUUUUUUGAAGUGGCUCGUUUCAAUGCUGUUCCAGAACGCUGGUGGCGAGGCACCGCGUGCUCGUCCGGUAUACCCUCACGAUAUGCCAAUGAUGGAAACAAUAUCCCACAAGCAUAUCAAGAAAAUAUAUCGCAAACGGCGGAUAGUGUGUUGCAAUGCUACCGAUGUCAGGGUUUCUGGCACGUGGCCGCUAAUUGCCGACAUUUGCCUCGCUGCGUUCGCUGCGGCGAACCACACAGCGUUGAAUUUUGUCCAAGGCCGCGGAAUAACCCUAUAUGUUGCCAUUGCUCUGGGCCCCACCACGCCGGAUAUAGACAGUGCCCAGUCAGAUUGCAGCUGUCUAAUGCGACUCCCGUGAGCAUUACGUUGAGCACGAGUGGGGUUCAAUAUCCAGCGAGCGCUACAAAUAAAUCGAAUCCCUCAUGCCAUUCUCUGAGACAAGGACAUUGUUAAACAACAUCGUUUAUAGAGUAAAAUUAUAGAGAAGCAUCGGUCUUAUUAGCAUCUUUUUCGAAAUGUCAAUGAAAGCGCAUAACAUCUCUACAUUGCAUAACGAUCUAUUACGAGCCACGAGUGAAAUUUAGAGAUUUACAGUGCCUUUCUAUAAAAUGUGGGAACAUGUUGGCAUCGCCAUCGCGUACAACAAAAACGCUCUUCUGUAGAGACACACUAUCGACCGCAAAAAAUUUGCAAACAGC